AUGUGCAGUCUCUUCGUGGUAGAAGAAGUUAUCGAACCUUACCUUCAUGAUUAUAAAUGUACGCAAUCCGUUCGCAAAUGUUUAGCACAGCUAGAAUCCGCCACACCGAGUUCACCGAAGAGAACCAGCCUCAUUCGCUUAGCCUCAUUUCCCUGUUCAUCUAUCUAUCUAUCUAUCUAUCUAUCUAUCUAUCUAUCUAUGACGGUCUGUUCAUUUAUCUAUCUACCUAUCAAAUCUAUCUUUAACGGUCAUUAUGUAUCUAUCUAUCUAUCAUCUAUCUAUCUAUCUAUCUAUGAUAGUCCGUUUAUCUCUCUAUCUAUCUCUCUUCCGUUUAUCUAUCUAUCUAUCUAUCUAUCUAUCUAUCUAUCUAUCUAUCUAUCUAUGAUAUCCGUUUAUCUAUCUAUCUAUCUAUCUAUCUAUCUAUCUAUCUAUGAUAGUCCGUUUAUCUAUCUAUCUCCCUAUCUCUCUCUCUCUCUCUCUCUAUCUAUCUAUCUAUCUAUCUAUCUAUCUAUGAUAGUCCGUUUAUCUAUCUAUCUAUCUAUCUAUGAUAGUCCGUUUAUCUAUCUAUCUAUCUAUCUAUCUAUCUAUCUAUCUAUCUAUCUAUCUAUGAUAGUCCGUUUAUCAUUCAUUCAUCUAUCUAUCUAUCUAUCUAUCUAUAUCUAUGAUAGUCCGUUUAUUAUCAUUAUCUAUCUAUCUAUCUAUCUAUCUAUGAUAGUCCGUUUAUUAUCUAUCUCCUAUCUCUCUCUCUCUCUAUCUAUCUAUCAUCUAUCUAUCUAUCUAUGA